UCGUUGGAUCUGACACACCGACAUUUAGUUGAAUCGGUAAUACGUGGUUAUGCAAAUGUAAAUAAACAGUAUUAAGGUGUUCCGUGGUGGGAGAAUGGUGAAAAUGUACCACUCGACGCGGAACACAAGCAGUAUGUACUUUCUAAUCGCCGCUGUCGGUCUCGAUAAGUAUUAUACCGCGGACCGCUGACCGAGGAUGUCGUACGAGAAGUUAAAAGAACAGCUCGCCCUCCACGGCCAGGAACACCUCGUGAAAUACUGGCCGGAGUUGACCGAAAACGAGCGGGAACUGUUAGCGAGCGAAAUUCAAAACCUCGAUCUGGCGGAAGUGAACGAAAUUUUUCGGCGCGCAACGGAAUCAACAAAAGUUAUUCUAGAAAAGUUCGACGAUGAUCUGAAGCCGAUCCCGCAGGCGCAUUACGAAUCUGUGCCUGGACUGUCGCAGGAGAAAGUUUUGGAGUAUGAGAAUAUAGGUUUUCAACAAAUCAGUGAUGACAAAGUGGGUGUUCUGUUGCUGGCUGGUGGACAGGCGACUAGACUAGGCUUCGGAUACCCCAAAGGUAUGUACGACGUCGGCCUACCGUCAAGGAAAACGUUGUUCCAAAUUCAGGCGGAAAGAAUCCUAAAGGUGCAGCAGAUGGCUCAACAAAGAACUGGCAAAUCUGGUAAAGUCACCUGGUACAUUAUGACUUCAGAACACACUAUGGGCCCUACGGCAGACUUCUUCAAAAGCCACAACUAUUUUGGCUUGGAUGAAGAUAACAUUAUUUUCUUCAACCAAGGAAGAUUGCCCUGCUUCGACUUCAACGGCAAGAUAUUUCUGGAUGAAAAAUAUCAUUUAUCGACUGCACCUGACGGAAAUGGUGGUAUCUAUAGGGCUCUGAAAACUCAAGGAAUAUUGGAUGAUAUCGCUAGACGGGGAGUUGAACACCUACAUGCACAUUCUGUUGAUAAUCUCCUCAUCAAAGUCGCUGAUCCAGUAUUCAUUGGUUAUUGCAAGAGUAAAAAUGCCGAUUGUGCCGCCAAAGUAGUUAGUAAGUCAUCCCCAAGUGAAGCUGUGGGUGUUGUAUGCAGAGUGAAUGGCUACUACAAAGUAGUGGAAUAUUCCGAGCUCACAGAGGAAGCAGCGAACAGAAGGAAUCCUGACGGCAGGCUGACAUUCUCAGCAGGAAGCAUAUGCAACCAUUACUUCUCGGCUCAGUUCCUACAGAAAAUAUGCAAUUAUGAAUCAAAACUCAAACACCACAUAUCAAACAAGAAGAUCCCCUUCAUCAACGAGGACGGGGUCCGCGUGAAACCGUCCGAACCUAAUGGAAUCAAAUUGGAGAAAUUUAUCUUUGACGUGUUUGAGUUCGCCGAGAAUUUUAUAUGUCUGGAAGUAGCGAGGGACGUUGAGUUCUCCGCUCUGAAGAACUCCGACUCCGCUAAAAAGGAUUGCCCCUCGACCGCGCGGGAAGACUUAUUAAGACUGCACAGGAAAUACAUCAGAGAGGCCGGUGGUGUUAUAGACGAUAAUAUAGACGUAGAAAUAUCUCCAUUGCUCUCCUAUGGCGGCGAAGAUCUUAAGGAUCUGGUGGAGAAUGAAGCAUUUGUGAUAUCCCCAUUCCACUUGAAGAGUAUGAUGGAAUCUUCCAGCAACGGAGUCAACGGCAACCACUAGUUUAAAGUUUAAACUUAUAGACGUUUUUCUAUGAGUGAUGUGUAAUUAUAUAAUUUCGAAUUUAUUAAUGAAAUUCUUUCCGUAUUAAAAUAAAUAUGAUAUUAAUAUAGUAUUAUUAAUAAAAUUAUCUUUAAAUAAACAAUUGUACCUAAAUUUUUUUGGCAAUAAAAACAUUUAUGUGACUAUUAAGUAACGUAUUAAAUAAGACGGCUUUGA